CCAACCAACCAAUCAUCUUUCUUCUCCUGCUUACUACCUCAAGAUCUUAUUCCGAGGCAUUUGACUGAGUUGUGAUAGCCGCAACGAGUCAACGACAUCUGACUUCCAGUCUCACCAUGGCUAUGAACUGUCUUCCAGGCCACAACAUCUACGUUGGAGGCAUCCUGUCCGUCAAGAACAAAGCUGCCCUGACCAGAGCAAACAUCACCCAUGUUGUUUCCGUGUUACGCCUGCAGCAGGUAGAUGAGACCUUUGCCUCGUUUCACCACCACCGCAUCGACGUCGAUGAUGUCGAUGAUGAAAAUCUCCUCGAGCAUUUUCCCGCGGCGGUAAAAUUCAUCCAGUCGGGUCUGGAUGCUGGCGGUGGUGUUCUUGUCCAUUGUGCGAUGGGCAAGUCCCGCUCCGCCGCCAUCUGCAUCGCCUACUUGCUCCACCAUCAGCCCAGUCUUACGCCACAGUCAGCCCUUGAGCUCAUUAGAGAAUGCCGGCCGCUCUGUGAGCCUAAUGAUGGGUUCAUGGACCAACUCUCUCUCUACAAGCAAAUGGGCUGUCCGGAUGAUGUCACGGACCAUCCCAUCUACAGCCGGUGGCUGUACCGCCGCGAAGUCGAGGAGAGUGUAGCGUGUGGACGUGCCCCGGAGAUGGAGUCUGUCUUGUUCGAAGACGAGCAGAAGAACCAACCCGAAGACGCUACUGACCGUAUCACAGAGAUCAAAUGUCGUAAAUGCCGACGCAAGCUGGCGACGACGCCCUUCGUCAUCCCCCACGAACAACCGGGCGGUGCAAAGGCAGCUGGAAAAGACUGUGCCCAUGUCAUUUUGCAUCCACUGACGUGGAUGCGUCCUAGCCUUUUCCCCUCAGAAGAUGGAUCUGACGCACCGCUCUCCGGCCGAUUGACCUGCCCCAACGAAAUCUGCGGACAGAAUGUUGGCAAGUUCGCGUGGCAGGGUAUGCGAUGCAGCUGCGGCACCUGGGUUGUUCCCGCGAUUGGCCUCGCCAAAGCCAGAGUUGAUAUUCUAGAUCGAGUCAACACAGCACGCGGGGGCAAAUUACCCCCAGCCGCACUGGGGAUUCGAUUACCGCCUGGGAUGCGACAAGGCUCAGCGGAAGGAGCUGGACGGGGGAAUCUUUGACUACAACAACAUCUACUACAUACAGUACAAAAAUGAAAACGAGUGAUGACAUCAAAAUGCCAGGGUCCAACAAUGAACACACAGACAGUCAGACAGUAUUGCGAUCAUCGCAUCUCAUUAAACCAGGCUUUCGGUUGCCUUAUGAGGUUGGGCAUUGGCCCAUGGACAGACAGCCGAAAGCUAUACCCAGGACCGGGGGACAGGGGACAGGGGAGCCACGGUUGAACGGGGCC